CAUUACAAAAAUAUCUUGUCAUGAAAUGGUCUUUUAAAUAAAACUUUUGGCUGUCAUUAAAAUUACAAGUGGGUAUUUAUAUGAAUUCCAUAAUUAAUUAAUUAAUAUAUUUGCCACAAAUCUCAAAAUGGCUCUUGCGGAUUCAAUGUUUUUGUUUGAGAUAGUUAUAAAAGAUUUGUGGAGUUACACGCAUUACAAAAAAAUGAAAAUUAUUGGUCAAUUCGCCGAUGUGUUCAAGGUAUAUUUGAAAAGUCCAACUCCUUACUCAAAGAAAACAGGAACGAAAAAUGUUAAACAAGCAGACAAGGUGAAAAAGAAUAAUCUUAAGGAUAGGACAUCAGAAUCAAAAAUUAGAACCCAUAUGGGGCAAUUAAUUUUGAUAGUAAACAAGACAUCGAAUCUUGUUUCUCUUAUGAAGAAAUAUCCUUUGGAAAUACUUAUUAGCAAGGACCCUGAACAAUACCUUGGAUCAACUAUUAUUCCAUGGAGUAAUGAAUAUUUAAAUUAUUUGACUAAAGAUCAUUUGAAAUCAGCAUUUCCACCAGCUUACACUGAAAGAGAAUACAACGUAUUUGAUGAGUUAACCACACGGCGAAUUUUUACAAUUAAUAUGAGUUUAAAGUUAACUUACUUAAAAGAUAAAACAAUAAGUCAGAUCAGGUCGAUAUCUAACAAGAACUGCUCAUUGAUUGAUUUAAAUAAAUACAAAAUGAUGUACAACGAAUCUCUAAUUGAUGCAAGUACUAAAUCUCUAAUCAGCGUAUCAAGCAAAGAAAUGUAUACUUCAGAUAACGCUAAAGAAAUCUCUAAUGAACGAAUUUUACUCAAAUCAGAAAGUAUAGUACAAGAAGUUGGUUGUAUUGAAAGUGAUAUAGAUAUUUCUAAGGAACAUAAAAAUACAGCUGUUUCCGGGAAAUCCUGUUCAUCAAUAGAUUAUAGACAAAAUAAUCUUUUUCGUUACAUAUUUGGAGAUCCGAUGGGAUCUUUUGGUAACAAAGUUUAUCAGGUGGGAUAUUUUACAGUAGAAACUGAUGUUGCGGGAAAAAAUUCCCCAAAAGUUGUCUCAGGUGACCAAAGUCCCGAAAAAUCUACGGAGAGUAAAAAGAAACUAGGUUUCAAAAAAUGUGAUAGUGAAUGUUUGAAUAAAGAAUUUGGUUCCUGUGAGGAUAAUGUAUUGGAUUUACCAGUAGAAGCUUCUCAUUUAAUUAACGUAACAAAAUGCAAAGAACUUACAUGCAAUUAUAAAAAACACAGAGAACUGCCACCGUCACCCGAUGAUCGUAUAUUAUUAGAUGUCGGUCAAAAAAUUGAUUGUUGUUCUAAAGUAAUGGAGACAGUUGAGGAAGUCGUAGGAGGAGUUAUUACAAAAAUGAAAAUUGGUCAUGAUCCUUGUUUUUGUACUUGUGAGUGUGGUUUGGUCAGUAUUAGGAAAACAACAUAUUGCACAAUUUGUGGUGGAUAUGAAAUAGCAGGCGAUGAUGGAAUUCGCAAGACAGCUUUUGAAGAUGCUAUGCCAUGCCCGAUUUUUCAUAAACUGGUUGAUAAAAAUAAACUAAAAACUUGGAGCACAUCUGGCAGCGAUAGUAGGAAAAAAGGCGAUGACCAAAGAAGUACGAGUAUCAGGUCUAGUCAAAGAACAAUAACUGAUAGGCGCCCAACAGUUAUUGAAAAGAAAAGCAUUGAAUCCGAAAAGAGUAGAAAGAAAAAAAAAGACGAUAGGUUCAAAUUCAACUACGGCUACAAAGCUCCUCAAAUAGGACACAGCAAAUGUGCUCUACCGUGUACAGGUACUUUAGAUAAUGUUCCAAAGCGUAUGGGUUGGCUUUGGUCAUCGGAAAAUGUGCCAGGUUUGAAGUACCGUCCCAUGUGGAAGCCAGGAGCUAUUAAUAAGCACGUGCUAAGAUUACUACGGAUGGCACGACAUCCAGGUCAAAUUAUAUCUAAAAAGAAAAGGAAGGAUUUAGGGAAGAAGAAACGGCCACUUAAACGACCUCUACUUAUGGUUCAUAAAAAAGAUGGAGAAUACACUGUCACAAUGGAGACUAUGAAAUCUUUUUCAAAACCAAGAGCACUUAACCAAAACCCAUACGAAGACAAACCUGUAGUAACAUUUACAGUGGGCCGAACUGAGGAAGAAAACCGUGAACGUUUAAAGAGAAAAGAACGUGAGCAAAGACGUCUUGAAAGAGCUCAGCGCAACUUCAUCCAAAGUGCAUUUAGAGAUAUGUGCCAUGAAAUAUGUUUAAAAACAUAUCAACAAGCUCUCGGAAUUCUACCAGAUGCUGAAGAUCUUCCAUGUACAUGUUAUCCAGCUAUACCAUCUGCUAAGGAUACAAACAUGGACCUGUCAUGUUCAUGUUCUGAAGAUAAGUCGUCAACUAUUGGUUCCGAUACAGAUUCAGACGAGUGGUUAGUCGAAUUUACGCCGCCCAAUGCUACAUUUGAUCCAUUUCACAAAGGGAAAAAAGUCUUGAAAGAAGAUAACGGGUCUCAGUAUACUUAUUUAGAUUAUAAAGUUAAACUAUUUGAUAGAUUUGGAAAUCCCAUACCUAGAUUUUUUAAAGGUCCUGAUGGAAAACAGGAGUGUAGUGAUUUAGGUGGAUUUUGGAGUCCAGAUCAUAAGUGGUUAGAAAUAAAUAUAGAUGGAUAUAUAGCACCAGAUGGUAAGUGGGCUCCGAUAAAUUUUAUAGGACCAAGUGGUGAACAAGUGGAAGCAGAUACUGGAAAAUUUCAAGCUAUGAACGGCAAAUGGUUAGUCGUUGGUGUUGAUGGCUAUGUUGACAGUAAAGGUAAAUGGAAAUUUUAUCCGAAGGCUAUGGAGUCAAUGAAAAAGAGAUAUGGUGGUGCUGCUAGGAGAAAAGGGAAGCCACGCGACAAAAUAGAAAAGACUCCAUUAAAAUCAGAAGGUAGUUGGAGUUGUUUUGGUGAUGUUUCUCCUAGACAUCUAUCGGAAUUAGGAAUUAUCGGUCACGGCGAAGAUCGAAAAUUACUUUUAAUCAAGUUACAAAAAAUGUUGGAACGCGGAGAAGAUGUAAGAAUACCUCAACCGUCAACGGUUUAUCGUUUACCACGUUCAAAGACUGGAAAGAAAGGAGUAAGUCGUAUGAAAUUUUAUCGGAGUUUCCAAAAAAGUUAUGAAUGCCAUCAUCCUGUACCAUCGGAUAAAGGAAUAGUAGCCGUGAAUGAUCAUGGCAAUAAAAUUUAUUUUAGAUUGAAGGACCAUAAAAAUAGGCGGCCCAUUGAACGGAUAGCCAAGUUGACUGAACAAGGCAUAAGUCUAAGUUCUUUCCACGUCCCGUGUUUCCAUUCCUUCAUUAAUGCAGAAGUAAUGAAACAACAACAAAGAGAAAGAUUACUCGCCCUUUCUAAUAAGAAUGUUGUCUCCCGUGGUUGGAAACCAGGUGCCAUAUCUAACAGGUUACUUCGAAUGCUUGACAAAGCAAAAUCUAACAAGUCAACCGCAGAAAGAGUCGAGCACAUUAAACGUACCAAGAAACAAGUAGAAGAGAAGCCGACGCUUAUAGUUUGCAAACGAAAUGGGCACUACCAUGUGGAACUGCAAGCAUCUGCCGACAAGCAGAAAGAAUUAAAUGAACAAUAUACGCCUUUGAUAUACAAAAUUGAAACUUUGAACAAUAAAGCUAAGAUAAAGAAGAAGGAGAAAAUCCAGAGGCGGCUCACAAGAGCUGCACUAAACGGGGCAUGGUCUGAUCCUGUUUAUCCAGAAGCGUGUGAGAAUGUUUGUUUACCAGCUUACAAACAGGCUGUUGGUAUUUUGCCAGAAAGUGGAGAUGAUCGAAUAGAUUUCCAGGAACAUGUAGAUGAUUCAAAUAGCUGUUCAUGUGAUGAUGAAGAAAUCAGUUCCAGUUGCGAAUCUUCGGAUGUUGAUUGGGAGAUUCAUUUCACUCCCCCUUUUGUGUCACACCAAAAAACAACGUUCCAAAAGAACAAUAAUGAAUUAAUCCAAUGAAAGAAAAAUACAGCAAACAUGCAAAAGAAAACGCAAUUAUUGUAACUGUUACUUUUUCAGCAAUUUUAAUUACUUAGCUGUUUCUAGUGCGUGCUUGCUUGCUUACUUAAAUAAAAUUUUGCCCGAAACUUGGCCCGAAAGCAAUUUUUAUCACACAGCAAAAUUAUUCUAACUGGCACUAUUCAGGCUUUUCAUCUUCUUUUGCUCAAGCUUUUGCUUUAUUAAACCAAGCCUUUUUAUUUAACUGCUUGUAGUGUGUUCUUGUUACUUUAAAUGCUAACGUAUGGCCGUAAGGUGGCUAACUAACUGCUAACAUGAAUGGAUUAUUGUAUUUUGAUUAAUUUUUUGCUUGAGGGCUUUUUCGACAGACUUCGACUCUUUACUACAAACCAUGUUAAGUAUAUAUUAUGUACUUCUUCAUUGAGUU